ACUAUCAAUCCCCAUGACCUCAUAAACGCUCCGUACUCAUUUUCAAAAUCUCCCUCCGACCUGCAUCCGUUGCACCGGCGAAAGGCGAAUACUAGUUUAGCUCACCUACCGACGGCGAGAAUUAGUUAUCAGUACAAAAGUUGACAUUUGCUUUCGGAUAAAAAUAUUAGGUAAAUUAAAGUCAGGUUAUUGUUGGAAAGCUAGCGAAAAUUAUUAGUACUCUUGAAGAUGCUUUUGGAUUUUUCUUAAUUUUCUACGGAUUUGAUUUGUUUAGUGGUGGUUGUCUGCUCGAUUUCGGGAUUCAUUAAACAAAAACUUGAAUGUCACGCUCGAAAAGAGAUUGAUGGCUAGAGUUUGACAGUGGAGAUGGCGAGUCUGGUGGAGGAUAUGGGGAUAAGGUACACUGGGAAGCCGAUUGGAGUCUCGACGCCGACGCCGACUUUCGGUGGAGGUAAAUCGGAGGUGGUUGAGGGAGAUGGAGUGGAACCGGAGAGUUUGAAGGAACAAGUGACGGGAUUCCUGAAAUCGUGGUGUGAGAUGGUUCAGGAGCUGGGGAGAGGGUGUAGGGACAUUUUGCUACAGACGGUUGUCACGGAGGAUUCGUUUAUCGUGCAGAAGUUGGGAGGGCCGGUGGCUAAGGUCUCCGGGCGGUUGAGAUUCUUGAAUGAGUUCUUGCCGGAGGAUCGCAAUCCUGUUCAUAUCUGGCCGGUUAUCUUCUUCGUCUUCAUCCUCGCAUUUUCAGCACUGAAUUUAAAUGGUGGGUACAAUAGCUUAGCAAUGCCAGUGAAGAAGGUGCAGAUUCAUCCUCCCAGUGCAAGUCACAUACUGCUUCCAGAUGGCAGACGCAUGGCUUACCGUGAAUUAGGUGUUCCAGCAAACAGAGCAAGAUAUUCCCUAAUUGCUACUCAUUCUUUUCUCUCUUCCCGACUUUCAGGUAUUCCAGGAGUUAAAACAUCAUUGCUUGAAGAGUUUGGUGUAUGCUUGAUCACAUAUGAUCUUCCUGGUUUUGGGGAGAGCGACCCUCAUCCUAGGAGGAAUCUUAAUUCAUCAGCAUUUGAUAUACUGUAUCUAGCUGAUGUUGUUGGUGUUGACAAUUUCUGGGUUCUGGGUUUCUCAAGUGGAAGUAUGCAUGCUUGGGCUGCACUCAGAUAUAUUCCUGACAGAAUUGCAGGUGCUGCCAUGUUUGCCCCUAUGAUCAAUCCAUAUGUGCCAAGCAUGACAAAAGAGGAAAUGAGAAGAACUUGGGAAGUAUGGUUACCAAAAAGAAAACUUAUGUAUUUCUUAGCACGAAGAUUUCCUAAGUUGCUGUCUCUUGUUUAUCGCCGUAGCUUCCUAUCAGGCAAACAUGGUCGAAUUGAUAAGUGGAUGUCUCUAUCUCUUGGAACAAAGGAUGAAAUUCUAGUUGAAGACCCACUGUUUGAAGGCUUCUGGCAUAGGGAUGUUGAGGAGUCGAUUUGCCAGGGAAGUUCAAAACCAUUCAUUGAGGAAGCUGUACUACAGAUUUCAAACUGGGGGUUUAGCCUGGCAGAUCUUGGGGUGCGGAAGAAGUGUCACACAAGAGGAAUUCUCCCUUUGCUCAAAUCUUUGUACAGAGAGGCAGAAUGCCAAUUGACAGGAUUUCUAGGCCCAAUACAUAUAUGGCAGGGGAUGGAUGAUCAAGUUGUUCCACCAGCAAUGGCAGAUUACAUAACUCGGGUUCUACCCAGAGCCGUCAUGUACCGGCUUCCAAAUGAAGGUCACUUAUCUUAUUUCUUUUUCUGUGAUGAGUGCCAUAGGCGGAUUUUCUCUACCCUGUUUGGAAGACCUCAAGGGCCUUUGGAACAGGCAGUGGAAUUGAGCAAAGCUUUCUUGGAAGGAGAGACAGAACAGCAAGCAUCAACUAUUGCUUCUGCAAAAGAAUGAUGCGAUUCACCAGGAGUUUACAGAAGGUUUUUUUUUUUUUUUUUCUCUUUUUUUUUUUUUUUUUUUUUCUGUUUUCUCCACAUUCUUAUGUAAAUACAAGAGCUUGCUCUUUCCAUAUCUCAUGGGAGCAGGAAAGAGAUGUCCCAAAUUUCGGGAUGAUGCUCACUUUUGUGGUGAGAUGCUAAGGCAGAAAACUUAGCAAUUUACAUUUACAUGGUGUCGUAUUUUCACUGGUCUUUCUAUGAUCUGCUAAAUUCUCAUUCCUUAACUCUAACCGCGGCAGAACAGUAAUUUGUUGGUUUCAUAAAUUUUGAAGUGUCAU